AUGAAGAUAGUCAUUGGACAUAAAAAUCUCAACCUUGAAGAGCUAUUCAACAUCAGUUGUCUCCCCACUCAAAACGAAGUAGUUGUAGAUAAUGUGAUUUCAUGCGAAUUCAAUCCUUAACCCCCUCAAGUUCAAAACAAAGAGUUGCAAUAAGCCCCUGAGAUUCUAUCCAGUCUCGCUUUGAGAGAUGAUCACUAAAGAGCUAUUCUAUUAGUCAAGUUAGUUUAGCUUAUCAAACUUAAAAAGAACGUUUCCAAGUAAACCAUCAACCACUUUGUUACUAUUCUUAAUGAAAACCGCAAAUUCUAGACUCCAGAGGGAGGUAACUUUAUGCAGAGUGUAUUUGAGCACGCUAAAAGUCAAAAUAUCUUUUUCAGUGAAAAGGAACUAUUCAUCCUGCAAGCUCAGCCACACACUUAUCAAGCAAUAUUUGCCUUAGAAGUAUACAAGCUACAAUAGAAUCUCAGACUUCUCGACACAUCUUUAGCUUAUUCACUCGAAACUUUGAAUGUACAUACGGACUACCUAAAUGAAUAUGCCCUUACUCUUGGAAAAUCAACUUAGGGUGCAACUAACUUCAAAAACUCUAUCCUAGCUUUGAUUGAUAAGUCUAAGUUGCUCAGCACUUCAAAUCUCCCAGAUAAGGCUUUGAACUUAAGUAAGGUGUAUCAAUUGCACGGAAACUUGCACGAAAGACUUUUGUAGCUUUCUCAAAUUCUUACAAAUGAAUUCAAUUCUGAGUAUGGCUCUCUCUUCUAAGAGAAAAAGUACAAAGAACUCAUUCAAAUAGCUAGAGAUCAACAAUAAGAGCAAGUAAAUAUUCUGUCUCAACAAGUAUCACCCUUGAGCUACGUAAUCCAGCAGCUUUUGCAGCUCAGUUUAGUUAGAAAUGCUCACUUGCAAGGCCAAAAAUAACAAUAAACAGCAAGCUUUGAGGAAUCAAAAUCAGCUGAUAGUCUUGAUCUCACAUUCGAGACUCUAGCCAGCCAAAGCUUGUUAAAUGCCUAUCAAAAUGAACUUUGGAAUGCUUUUUCAAAGAACAGAGCUGUAGAGGCUGAAUUGAAAUCAAAGGCUGAAUAAUCAUAGCAAGCAGAGGUUAAGCAAGAAGAGGGUAAAGCAGGUUAGCAGCAAAGAGGCAAAAAGAAGGGCAAGGAAGCUGUAACAUCUCUAGGAUUUGGAGCUGGAACAAGAAAAUUCUUUGACUAUCUAUUGCAAAUAAACCUAGAUUCUCAAGAAGUGUUUUUAUCCAAAAUAAACGUGCUCUUCAACAAAGAACUUGAUUCAGUGCUCAAUGAAGUCCUUGAGCAAAGAAACGAGGAGAGAAGAAAGCCAAAGUGCGCUAAAGGAACCAGAGAUAUGACCCCACUGCAAAUGGCAAUCAGAGAACGCGCAUUCUUCAUUAUCAAGUCAGUUUUCAAAAAGCACGGAGCCUCAGAGAUUGACACUCCAGUAUUCGAAUUGAAGGAAACUCUUAUGGGCAAGUACGGAGAGGAGUCUAAACUGAUCUAUGACCUCGAAGAUUAGGGAGGAGAACUGCUUUCUCUAAGAUACGAUUUGACUGUUCCUUUCGCUAGAUAUGUCGCCCUUAACAACUUAGCUUCAAUUAAGAGAUUCCACAUUGCUAAGGUUUACAGAAGAGACAAUCCUCAGAUGAACAAGGGCAGAUUCAGAGAGUUCUACUAGUGCGAUUUCGAUAUUGCUGGCUAGUACUCUCUCAUGAUUCCAGACAGCGAAGUACUUAAGGUCGUAAUUGAAAUUCUAGAGUAAUUAGAUAUUGGAGAGUUUGUUAUCAAGAUUAAUCACAGAAAGUUCCUCGAUGCUAUGGUCGAGAUUGCUGGCUGUGAAAAGAGAAAAUUCAAAGCUAUUUGCUCUUCAGUAGAUAAACUUGACAAGGAGCCAUGGGAGAAAGUUAGAGAAGAACUCAUAACGAUGAAGGGGCUUACUCCUGAAAUGACUGAUAAGCUUGAACGCUUUGUUAAACUAGUGGGAUCUCCUAUUGAGCUUCUCCAAAGACUCAAAGAUGAGCAAGUCUUUGCUGGGCACAAAGAAGGCGAGGAGACUAUUAAGGAAAUGGAAGUUCUCUUUGAGUAUCUUCAGUCAAUGAACUGCUUGCACAGACUAUCUUUUGAUUUCUCUUUAGCAAGAGGUCUAGACUACUACACAGGUCUUAUUUAUGAAGCAGUCCUCACUGACCCAAGCAACAAAGUAGGUUCCAUUGCUGGAGGUGGUCGUUACGACGGUCUCGUAGGCAUGUUCAGUGGCAAGCAAAUCCCAGCAGUCGGAGUUUCAAUCGGAAUAGAGAGAGUCUUCGCCAUUCUCGAGGAGAAACUGAAGAGAGACAACUAAGUCAGAGCAACUGAGACUCAGAUCUAUAUUGCGCAGAUUGGCAAGAACUUGGUGGCUGAGAGGCUUAAAAUCUGCAGCGAGUUGUGGAGCAUCGGAGUCAAGGCAGAGACAGCAUACCAGGACAACCCUAAGACCCAGAGACAACUUGAAUUCACCCUUGAAAGCGGCAUUCCUCUUAUUCUGUGGCUAGGAGAAAACGAAGUUAAAGAAGGCGUGAUUAAGAUUAAGAGUUUGAGCAAGCACGAAGAGUACACUUUCAAGAGAGAAGAACUUCUAGACAGAAUCCUUGAUAUCGUCAGAGAAAACCCUAUCCUGCUGCCCCAGGACCUUCAACCCAAGGGAGCCGAGCAAAAGCCAGAGGAGGAGAAGAAGCAAUCUGAGUGA